AAUCUGUAUAUAAAGGGAAAUAACAAAAUACUGAAUCAUGAGUCUGUUAUCUACUGUUUUCCUGAUUUAGCUCACAAAAGCAUUGAGCACUGUGCUGAUGGUUAAGAGACAAGCCUUUAAAUAUAUGUAUAUAUUCCACCACUCAGCAUUUAUGCUUCAUCCUCUUUUGUUUCUGUGAUUGAUGGCACGAAAGAAAACACAUAACAAAAUGGGUGCACAACUGUUUACACUAUUACAGUGACGACUGGUUUGCGAGUUUCUGAGGUCUUACUAUGGAGUGGAAUGCUAAAUCUCUUGGGCAAUGGGACUGGGAGAACUUAUACUCAUUCAAUACAAAACCAACUGAAAGUUCCAAGUUGCAACCAACGGAUUGGAGCAUGGAAGCAGAUGGAGAAAUCAAUGUUGGGCUGAUAUAUCCGUCCGGUGGUAGUGCUUGUUCCGGUUCUGAACUGAUUCAUGCUUCAUCUAGGAGCUCAAAAUCAGCUUCCAUGAAUUCAUCAUCAAAUGGGGAUAGCAAAGCAUCCACAACCAUGUUCACUUUCGAGCGUUCUCAAGACGACUCAACUGGUAAGAAAGAAUUGUCAAAGGAAGAGCCAGUUGAAAAUUCUCCAGCACCAGAGCCCUCUUCUGCCUCUGGUGAACCACUGCUCACUUUAAAGCUUGGUAAACGGUUGUACUUUGAGGAUGUUUGUGCAGGAAGUGAUUCCAAGAAACCAUCUUCCAUUGAUGUUCCUAUUUCAUCUUCAAAUACUGGAAAGAAAUGUAAGGCCAAUAGUCAGAAUCUACAACACCCAAGCUGCCAGGUUGAAGGCUGUGGUCUAGACCUCUCAUCUGCUAAAGAUUACCAUCGCAAACACAGGGUUUGCGAAAGCCAUUCCAAGUCCCCUAGGGUACUUAUAGCUGGCUUUGAACGUCGAUUUUGCCAGCAAUGCAGCAGGUUCCACGGUCUAUCAGAGUUUGAUGACAAAAAAAGAAGCUGUAGACGGCGUCUUUCAGAUCACAAUGCAAGGCGUCGCAAACCUCAGCCUGAAGCAGUCCAAUUAAAUACAUCUGCUCUGUCUUCAUCACCCUAUGAUGCAAGGCAACUAAUGAAUCCAUUUGUUUAUUCAAGAGCUGCGACGAAUAUAGGUUGGCAAGAUAUUCAAAACAGCAGGCUACCCCAGACAAAAGAUUUCCUGAUGAGGCCUGCGAAAGCCUUCGACAAGAUACCAAGUAUUGUCACUAUGCUUUCUGAUGAUUUUAGUGACCUUGCAUCCAAAGGCAUGGCAACCAGUGGGAAAGAAGAUCCUAUUAGCUCGUCGGAUCCCAACGCCACACAAGAUGUCAGCCGUGCUCUCUCUCUUCUGUCAACCAAUUCAUGGUCUACAUAUGCUAUGACUCCCCGUUUCCCUCUCCCUUCAUCACAAUAUUCUCACCUUGAUCAACAACCAGCCAAUCCUAACAUGUGUAUCCCAUUCUCAGAUUGUGAUAAUAGCAAUCGCUUCCAAGAGUUUCAGAUGUUUAGUGCUCCACCCUAUGAUUCAGGCUAUCCUUGCAACCAGCUGGACUAAACAUCAUGUGAGUGCAAUCAUCCCAAUGGUGUUAUCACAACGAGGAAUUUCCAGCUUCGUCGCGGCCUCAGUACUUAAAAUGGUUUGUAGGAUCUAAUCAUCUUUUGCUAUAUUAGAAUGUUAACUUCCCUACUUAGAAAGGAGUUGGAAAAUUAUAGAACUUGUUUGU